AUGGUAGAACAAUUAACUCAAAUUCCGGCACCAAGGGCAAUUGAUGUCGUGGCAACCCCUCAGCGUUCAUAUUUGCUCAUGACCUGUGUUCCGGGGCGCCCCAUCGGUCAAUUAAUGAAUACAAUGACCGACGAACAAGUGGAGCAAGUUGUAACAGACUUGAAAGGAUAUAUUUCUGAACUUCGGAGGAUACCCAGGAAUAUAUCAUCGGAAUAUAGUAUCUGCAAUUCCCAGGGCGGCGGUUUCUUAGAUUGGCGAAUUCCCGAUAGUCAGCGUGAAGAGUUACGGUUCAGGUCUGAAGCUGACUUCAACAAGUACUUAACUGAUCCUUUUUGGGAAGAAAUUCGAACUCGUGCCGCCAAAUCGCAUGAUAUCCCUCAUGAUAUCGUUUUUACCCAUGGUGACCUCAACCCAAGGAAUAUAUUAGCAGAGAAUGGCAGAAUUACGGGUAUUGUUGACUGGGAGAAUGCAGGAUGGUUCCCGGAAUACUGGGAAUACACGAAGAUGCACUACACUGUUCGAAGCUUACAACGGUGGCUUGUUGAUAUUGUUGAUGGCGUAUUUUCAGGCUAUCGGGAAGAGUUGUGGGUGGAAAAUAUGCUUUCGGAUCUUUUGGGCCCAUUCUAA